UUUGACAAACUUUACAGAGAGUGCAAACAAAGUUUUAAAUUUACGAACGCUACAUUUGAAUCCCUGACGCUAGGUAAAACCCACCAUUUAUUGGUAGGCUGAGAUAGCCAGGCAGUCAUCAUCAGUUGCAUCAACAGGCUGUGUACACGACCAGGCCUGGGCGCCGUCGCGAUGGUAACCACAGGCCAGACCGUGUAAUGGAUCGCAGAGCCGUGGAUGUGCGCAGGCGUGUUGUGCGAUGGCGACAAGAUGGCACCUGCUGGCGGCCCUUGUGUGGGGCUCGAAUGUAAUUGCGGCUGCAGGCGGCGGCAGGACAGAUUGGCAGAAAUACAAGGAUAUGAUAUCAGCUGCUUUGGAAUUUUACCAGACCUGUAGCCUGCAUAACUGUAGCUGUCACCGACGUGUUCUAGAGGAUGACCUUUCACCUUUUCAGCAAGGAAUCUCGGAAGAAAUGAUGGCAGCGACUGUCCGUCAGGACGUGGGGAGCCACUACCAGAUUAUUAAGGGCAAGCUCUAUCGACAAGACAACUGCAUGUUUCCUGCCAGGUGCAGUGGGGUAGAGCAUUUUAUACUGGAAAUAAUCGAUGAGCUCCCUGACAUGGAAUUUGUCCUCAAUGUUCGAGACUACCCUCAGAUUCCAAAGUGGAUGCAACCCAUCAAGCCUGUUUUAUCGUUCAGCAAGACAGCAGAACACUAUGAUAUCAUGUACCCUGCAUGGACCUUCUGGGAGGGAGGUCCAGCAGUUUGGCCAAUUUAUCCCACAGGACUCGGACGUUGGGACCUCAUGAGGGAGGAGCUGCAAACAUCAGCUGAAGAAUGGCCAUGGGAGAAGAAAAUCACAAAAGGUUUCUUUAGAGGAUCAAGGACGAGCUCAGAGCGGGAUCCUCUUGUUCUGCUGUCGCGUGAGGAUCCGUCGCUGGUAGAUGCAGCGUACACUAAAAACCAGGCCUGGAAGUCUGAGAAGGACACACUGGGAAGACCUCCUGCUAAAGAAAUUCCGUUGGUGGAACACUGCAAAUACAAAUACUUGUUUAACUUCCGGGGAGUUGCAGCCAGUUUCCGAUUCAAGCACCUCUUUCUGUGUGGAUCGUUGGUUUUCCAUGUUGGGAACGAGUGGCUGGAAUUCUUUUACCCUCAGCUGAAGCCAUGGGUGCAUUACAUUCCUGUCAGUCAAGACCUCUCUGACGUACGGGAACUCUUGCAGUUUGCUAAGGAAAAUGAUCAGAUUGCCCGAGACAUCGCAGAAAGGGGCUGCAGGUUCAUCCAGGAUCACCUCAAGAUGAAGGACGUUUCCUGUUACUGGAAGCAGCUGCUGGUGGAGUAUUCCAAGCUGCUCCUUUACAAACCCAGGAGACACAGGAGCUACUCCCAGAUCCUCAGCAAGGACAGGCACAGUGAACUAUAGCUUCCAAAACCACCUGGACCUUCCAGGUCCCUCUACAACACCUAACACAUUCCAUGCCAAACUUUCAGCGUGGGUAGCAAGCUUCUUGACCUCUGGGUUUUCUAAAAGGGUUUGACUAGUAUUUAUAUUUGCCUGUGCCACAUCUGUGCCCAGGAUGCAGGUUUCCAUUCCAGGACAUCAGAGAUAUCCUCCCUCCAAUGUUGAUAUGGCCCUCACCUGCAUCUCCUCCAUUUCCCAUACAUCCACGCUCAUUGUAUCUUCCUUAAUAGUGAUAUUUCCUCUUGUCCUAACCUACCACCCUAUCAUCCUCCACAUCCAACACAUUAUACAUCGCAACCUGUUAUCUCUAAAGCGAUCCUGCCACUAACAUAUCCUUACCUCCCCCAUGUACCCCCCACACUCUGCUUCCUGCUGUGAUUCCCUUGUCCAUUGUCCUUCCCGGCACCUAUGCCUGCAAGCAGCCUGAGUGUCCGUUCACCUCCUCCCUCACCUCCAUUCAGGGCCCCAGGCAGUCCUUCCAGGUGAGGCAACACUUUACCUGUGAAUCUGCUGGGGUCGUCUAUUGUGUCUGGUGCUCCCGAUGCAGCCUCCUUUAGACUGGUGAGACCAUUUUGUUGAGCACCUCGCACCAUCUCCCACAAGACGGACUUCCCAGAGGCCAAACGUUUCAGUUCCCAUUCCUUUCUGAUGUUAAUCAGUGGCCCCCUUUUGUACCAAGAUGAGGCCACCCUCAGGGUGGAGGAGCAACACCUAAUAUUCUAUCUGGGUAGCUUCCAAUUUGAAUGGUAUGAAUGUUGAUUUUUUUUUUCCCACCAGUAAACAAAUCCCCUUCCCACCCUCAUCUGUUACCCACACCGACCUUUCACUUCUCACCUGCCUAUUACAUCCCCCGGUACCUCUUCUUUCUCUUUCUCCUGUGGUCCACUGUCCUCUCCCAUCUGAUUCCUUCCUCUCCAGACUUUUAUCUUUCCUACCCACCUGGUUUCACCUAUCACUUUCUAGCUAUCCUCCUUUUCCUCCCCUAUUGUUUCUAACAAGCCUGAUAGAGUUCUUUGAGGAGGUGACCAGGCAUAUAGAUGAGGGUAGUGCAGUGGAUGUGAUCUAUAUAGAUUUUAGUAAGGCAUUUGACAAGGUUCCACAGGGUAGGCUUAUUCAGAAAGUUAGAAGGCAUGGGACGUUUGGCCAGGUGGAUUCAGAAUUGGCUUGCCUGCAGAAGGCAGAGGGUGGUGGUGGAGGGAGUACAUUCAGAUUGGAGGAUUGUGACUAGUGGUGUCCCACAAGGAUCUGUUCUGGGACCUCUACUUUUCGUGAUUUUUAUUAACGACCUGGAUGUGGGGGUAGAAGGGU